ACAAACUCCCCCGCAGCUGAAAGAAAAGACACUAGGGAGCGGAGAGCAGCGGUUAACUUGAGGCGCCCGAGAAGUUGAACUUAUCCAAAAACCUUGAGAUUUGACCAUCGCCGAUCAAACACAAACACACCCGCGUCGAGCGAGUUAAAAGUCACUUUCACGUCAUAGAUCGAAAGGCCGGGCGGACGAUUGUGUUACUUUUUGAGUUACCUCACUUUUGGGUUUUAUUGUACCUCAGCCUUCGAGUCGCUGGUGGGACACAAGUAUGCGGAGCAUUUGGAUUGUGUUCGUGAUCGGGUUGGCGACCGGGUAUCUCAGUGAGAAACUCCUGGUGUCUUCCCAGACCUCUCCCGGUUCAGAUGAUAUGUACCUGGAGGGUCAGUCGUCGGGGGGCAUCCCUUCCGACGACGAAGAUGAUGAAACCAAUAUCUCAGGCUCCGGAAUGAGUGAAUUCGACACAACGGAGAUCCCAGAUAUAAUGAACAAGACAAGGAGCCUGGACUUUAAGACUGUGACCCCGGAUGGUACACUGGUGACCACUAGCUCACCGACCAUGAUGCAGGACGGUACAACCCCUACAUACAUGAUCCAAGCCGAGACUGAGGUAACAGGGCUGGAAGCCUCAGAAGAACCUGAAAUUGAACCUGAUACCGCAGUCCCCGAGUUCCCCACCACAUGCACCGAGGACUGCGACACCAGGGGCGGGGUUACCUCGGACGACGACAUCAUCCUGCCGGAGGAGAGUAACAGGGUCUUAUCUAAAGCCGGCUCGAGGGAAGAGAUGGUGGUGGAACCAGAAUUCGUGUCUGAUAACAUGUGGCAAAGGACGGAGGUGCUGGCUGCGGUGAUAGCGUGCGGCGUGGUCGGGUUCCUGUGCGCCCUUUUCCUGGUCCUGUUCAUCGCCUACCGCAUGAAGAAGAAGGACGAGGGGAGCUACGCCUUGGGCAUGGCUAAAGUCCCCCCCAGUGCCUACCAGAAGCAGCCCCCCAAGGAGUUCUACGCCUGAACCUCAGCUGACCUCGACGGCCGCCAGCGGCGCCCCGGGGACGUGUGUGUUCUCGUUGCGUCUGACAAUCAGCACUCAAAAGACACGGGGCAUUAUCAAUCAUUCGAAGUCUGAAGGGAGAGUGUUUCGUGUUUCGUUCCAAGAGAAACCCG